AUGACAAUAUAUAAACUCUGUGAAAGAGGACUGACAACAGCCACUUUCUUCUCUGCCUUGACAAAGGAGCCACCAGCAAUGAAACUCCACAUUGCAGCUCUCCUGGUCAUCUUCUGCCUUGGCAUCCUCACUAUGCACAUUGUGGAAGGGAGCAUUGGAAGUCAGUCCAUGCGCAGAUAUAAUUGUGUACAUCUGUCUCCACGGAAACUGAACAUCAAAAACCUUGUCAGCUAUGAAAAGAUACAAGGUCCAGUAGAGGCUAUCUUGUUUAUCAACAAAAAAGGUGUCAAGAUCUGUGUAAAACCUGAUCACAGACAGGCACAGCUUGCUAUGAAGAAUAUAGACGAAAGCCGUGCCACCGAAGGCAGAUGA